CUUGUGACCAAUACCCGGUAACAACCUUGAAAGCCACGGAGAAUAUUGUUUCCUGGGAUAGACGUGACUACCCACGUAUGUGUGCAAUGCAAGCGUCCAAUCCACGCAAGCACGAUCAAUCUUCCAUCAGAUCGGCUCGGAGCGAAUCCCGCAUUGGUAGAGCCCUUGUCUAACUCGUGAAAAGACUACCUAAGUACCCGUGACACUUGCCCGUUCGCCACAUGUGCCGAGCGAGACAUCACAUCGACAGAGCCCAGGCGGCUGUGAGGGAAAGAUCAGCGAAAAAGUAAGGGUCGCGCUCACGGGUCCGCGACAUGGGUAUCGUGAACGACUGAACACUGUGUGCUGCGAGUGAACAUGCAACCGGGAACAACAAUGUCAGAUAACGCCAACAAAGUCAAGUCCAGCGCGCUGUCGACCUUUGGAGACAGUCUACAACGUUUCAAGCAUCACAGCACGGUAACUAAAGCAAGCUCGGCAUCGAGAUCAUCCCCACGGCAUGUCACCAAAAUCGAGAAGAAACGACAAAUCCACGAUGUCUCCGAUGCAGAUGAUACCACAAACAACAAAUCCACACCGAGCGCCUCACCCUCGCCAACAAAACGAGCCCGGAUCUCAAGCAAAUACGCUCCGCCCUCGAAAUAUGCCCACCUCACUCCUUUAACCGAUACUCUAGUCCCAGGUCUAAUCUGCAUCUUCGUCGGGACCAAUCCGGGCGUCCGCACCGCCACCACAGGUCACGCCUACGCCCACCCCUCGAAUUCCUUCUGGAAACUCCUUCACAGCAGCGGCUGCACCGACCGACGUCUACAACCCCAGCAAGACGUCGACCUCCCACGUCUCUACAGCAUGGGCAACACGAACAUCGUCUCGCGGCCCAGCAAGGACGCGGGCGAACUCAGCAAAGCCGAGAUGGCGGCCGGCACGCCCAUCCUCGAGGCCAAAGUCGCGAAAUUCCGCCCCGAGGCUGUAUGUAUUGUCGGCAAGGGCAUCUGGGAGGCGGUCUGGCGAUGGCGGUAUGGAAGGGAGAUGCGCAAGGAGGAAUUCCGGUAUGGGUGGCAGGAUGAGAAGGAGAGGAUGGGGAGGGUAGAUGGGGCCGAGUGGGAGGGUGCGAGGGUGUUUGUGGCGACGUCGACGAGUGGGUUGUCGGCGAGCACGAAGCCGGCGGAGAAGGAGGCCAUCUGGAGGCCAUUUGGGCAAUGGGUCAUGCAGCGGAGGGGGGAAAGGGGGAUAGAGGAGAGCGUAGGUGGACGAGAUGUCAAAGCUGAACCGUCGUGAAUUCAUCGUCAAGCAGAGCCUCUUUUAUGUGUGCUAGACAUGGAAGUAUAUUGGUCAGACGAGCUCAAAGGGUCACAUGAAAUAGAUGUCAUUCGCGCUCAGUUCGAAACGGAGCUUUCAUCCUCGCAGGUGCACAUUCGCAUGCUCAUUACGCCAUAUUAUCAGUAUGAUACAAAAUUCGUCUGUAGCUGGUAUCGCUCAUCCAGAAUCCAU